GCAAUCAGUAAUGGAUGAGAAUCCUAUCCGCCAACGCGAAAAGAGACAUUUGCCCAUCUGGGUCACAAGACAAUCCCUUCUAAGCUAACCUAUUUCCCCCCUUUUCUUCUUCUUCUCCAUCUCUCUCUCUCAGAAAUGGGUGUUUUCUCUUCUCCUCCUAUAACCCACUCUCCAAUGGCUCGUCCCUGUAAUGUUGGGUCCCUCUCCCCUCUUGGGUUCUCCUCACUUUCCCUUAAACCUCCGGCUUUCUGUAAUGGGGGCAAGAAAUUUGGUGGUUUAGGGCUCGUACGAGCCUCUGUUGCAGUGGAGCAGCAGACGGAGAAGACCAAGGUCGCUCUCGUCAGAAUUGGGACCAGAGGAAGCCCCUUAGCACUUGCCCAGGCUUAUGAGACGAGGGACAAACUCAUGGCUAUCCAUCCCGAGCUAGCUGAAGAUGGGGCCAUUCAGAUCAUUAUAAUCAAAACAACCGGCGACAAAAUACUGUCGCAGCCACUUGCAGACAUUGGUGGGAAAGGCUUAUUUACUAAAGAGAUCGAUGAUGCACUUAUUAAUAGUGACAUAGACAUUGCUGUUCACUCAAUGAAAGAUGUACCGACUUACUUACCUGAAAAAACGAUCCUCCCAUGUAAUCUUCCGAGGGAGGAUGUCCGUGAUGCAUUCAUUUCUUUGAGUGCGGGUUCGCUUGCUGAGCUUCCAGCUGGAAGUGUCAUUGGUACAGCUUCACUGAGAAGAAAGUCUCAGCUACUGAAUAGAUAUCCAUCCCUCAAAGUGCUGGAGAAUUUUCGGGGCAAUGUCCAAACAAGGUUGAGAAAACUGAAUGAAGGAGUGGUCCAAGCAACACUAUUGGCACUAGCUGGACUUCGGCGUUUAAACAUGACAGAAAACGUUACUUCAGUUCUCUCAAUUGAUGAAAUGCUUCCAGCCGUGGCGCAGGGAGCAAUUGGUAUUGCCUGUCGAAGCAACGAUGAUAAAAUGGCCAAUUACUUGGCCUCAUUAAACCAUGAGGAAACCAGACUGGCUGUUGUUUGUGAGAGAGCUUUCCUCGAGAUGCUUGAUGGAUCUUGUCGAACUCCAAUCGCAGGAUAUGCUUCCAAAGAUGAAGAUGGUAACUGUAUAUUUAAAGGGUUGGUGGCCUCCCCGGAUGGAACCCGAGUUCUCGAAACUUCUCGAAGAGGUGCAUACGCCAUCGACGAUAUGGUUGCAAUGGGAAAGGAUGCCGGAAAGGAGCUUCUUUCUCGAGCAGGUCCCGGUUUUUUCGAUAGCUAGUUAGUAGAGUUUAAGUUAGAAUUUUAGGAUCAAGGCUUAAUUUUCAACAUCUUCAAGUGAGUAGGAGUUUUAUAUACAUCCUUUGUGAUGAAGUUUGUUGUACUCUAAAGAUGAAUUCUUCUUCUUUUUUCUUUUCCUCCCACUCCUUUGUUUUCUUAAUUGGUUGUGUAAAUUAGAACAGAAAUCAUUGAGCAUAUCUUGGCUUCCCCAAAUAAUCAAAUACAAUUUUCCCGUGUGUGCUUUUGGA